UAGAUCAGCCGAGAUCAACUUUAAUAGGCAUUUCCCCUUUUAUCAGCAGCAUGUUUGAUCUCGGUGUCUUCCUACUUACGUUGCUUCUAAACUCCAGGUUACUGAUAUCUGCAGAGACUGUAAUUACAUGUGAUGGGUUUGUCCAGCAUCUCAGUUGUGACUCUGGGGUGAUCCAUGUGCAGUCAGCAACCUGUGGCCGCACAAGCAGCCACAUCUGCAGCGUUGGACGACCCCAAAGUGAAACCUCUGAUAUUGAGUGUUCAAUAGAUGUCCCUGAGGUCUCUAAACGGUGUGACGGACUGAGAGAGUGCGAGUUAAACACUCAAGGACUUGCACCACAAGAUCCAUGUGAUGGCACCUACAAGUACUACACUACCAACUACAUUUGCGUCCCAGCAGAAACAAGUGUGACUUGUCAUGGUGGAUACAGUUACUUGAAAUGUGAAAAUGGUAAGAUACAGAUAAAUACUGCAAACUAUGGACGUACAGAUAAAAUCACCUGCUCUGAAGGACGUCCGUCUGAACAUCUCCAAAACACCAACUGCUAUUCACCCAAUGCACUGGCUCCUGUGUCCAAAAGCUGCAAUGGCCUGGAAAGUUGUGAGGUGUUUGCGACACAUACAGUCUUUACUGAUCCCUGCUUUGGCACAUACAAGUACCUCACAAUCUCCUAUUUUUGUGUCCAACCUACAGUCCGUUCUAGUGUGGCAUGUGAACAUGCAAAUAAUACCCUGAUAUGUGAUCAUGGGACUGUCAUACGCAUUCACAGUGCUAACUACGGCCGAACUGACCGCAGCACGUGCUCUACUGGACGAUCUGCUUCUCGGAUUGCUAAAACUGACUGCUAUGCCUCAAACUCCCAGACAAUAGCUACUGAUGCGUGCGACGGAAAAAAUGGAUGCUCUCUUGUUGCCUCCAAUGGCAUCUUCUCUGAUCCAUGUCCUAAAACAUUUAAGUAUCUGUAUGUCUUAUACAGCUGCAUAUCUAACUAAUGCGGUUGACGAUAUUGUGGAUUUGAUAUCUCUUCAGAUCAGAGAUUUGAUUAAAUGAAUUUUUACUGAAACUAAAGACCCAAUCUUCUUUGAAAUAAAUGCUUUGAAGACAUCUGUGCAUGUAGCAGUGCUUUCUAGGCUAC